GGCACACCACACACAGCUCGUCUUCAAUUUUUCGUCUGUGCUCAUCGCCUGGCAGCCUUCUUUCCUCGCUACUUCUAACUCCUCUUCACUGCUCCAUUAUCAUCAAGCCUAAUCACGCAUCGGACGGCAAGCUCCGCCUUCAUUUGAUGUGAAGCGCAAAACUCGAAAAAUAAGAAGAAGUUUCCGUUUUCUUCGUUUCUUUUGUUCUCUUCACGUGUUCUUCUUCUUUUCGAAAUAACUUAAACUCUACAGUAAAGCUGUCCAGUGUUAUUGCUCAGACCGACGCAAAGUCGGCGUUAAGCAGAACAUCGUCGGAUACAACAAAGAAAAAGGAAAAUCGGAAAUUUCAACAAAAGUGUAGUAGAUCAAUUUCUCCUUGUCAAUUAUUCAACGCCCUCAUCAUUGAACCUACAGUUCGACACAUUACGGAUAUCAAUAUUCGGCGUUCACGCAGCAAAUCUGAUCUGUCGGUGCAACGUGACGAGUUCUACGACAUCUCUUCGGAGGACGAUCAUAAUGAACUCCACGUGCCUGGGGGGCGUCAAUCCCGAUCGGCUUCAAUAACAUCAAGCACCUCUGCACCAGCAUCCAACGAUGUGACUCUUCAAGUGCCAAUUACAAACUCUUCUGCAACAUCUCCAACUCCAUCAACAGGAUCCAUGUAUUUUAUAGCCGGAAUGUUUGACGGAAAGGAGAAAGUCAAUCGUGAGCAACCACCGAUGCCGACUACCGAUGGUGUAGAGUAUCCACGAGCUGCAAGCUGGGCUGCUGGUAAUUGUGCCAAUGUUCUCAAUGAUGACAAAGGCAAACAAUUAUUCCGUGUGUUCUUGUUCCAAUCUCUGGCCGAAGAGAAUCUUGCUUUCCUCGAAGCAAUGGAGAAGCUGAAGAAGAUGAAGAUCAGCGAUGAGAAAGUUGCAUAUGCAAAGGAAAUUCUUGAGACUUAUCAAGGAUCCAUCAACUUGUCUUCAAGUUCAAUGAAAUCAUUGAGAAACGCUGUUGCCAGUGAGACUCUCGACAUGGAAGAGUUUGCUCCAGCAAUCAAAGAAGUCAGAAGACUUCUCGAAAACGAUCAAUUCCCACGCUUCCGUCGCUCUGAGCUUUAUCUCGAGUAUUUGGAGGAGCUUCUACCACGCUCGUAUGCUGAAAAGUGGGCGCAAAGCUUCGAAGGUCUCCUUGGCAACCACGUGGGUCGCCAUCACUUCCGCAUAUUCUUGCGCUCAAUCCACGCGGAGGAAAACCUUCGCUUUUGGGAAGCCGUUGUAGAGUUCAGAUCGAGUCGCCAUAAGGCCAACGCGAUGAACAAUCUAGGAAAGGUUAUUCUGAGUACCUACUUGGCAGAGGGAACUACAAACGAAGUAUUCCUUCCAUUCGGUGUUCGUCAGGUCAUUGAACGCCGUAUUCAGGACAAUCAGAUCGACAUUACUCUUUUUGAUGAAGCCAUCAAGCAUGUCGAACAGGUUCUUCGAAAUGAUCCGUAUGUUCGUUUCCUCCAGAGCUCCCAGUACAUUGAUCUUCUCAGCAAGCUCAAGUAAAUUUUAAUGAUGCCACUCGAAACUUGUGAUAUAAUAAUAAACUCUUUCCCGCUUGAAGAUCAGAUUACUUUUUAUUUUUCUGAUUAUUUAAUUUCCCAGUAUAUUUUUCUUAUUUUCCCAUCUGAUUAGUUUCACUUCCCCUUUCAUUGACUGUCCACUUGUCUAUAAUUAUAGCUGAAAAAAUGAAUUAGUUUAAAAC